AUGUUGUGGCAGAUUGGCUGCUUGUAUGGAGCGGCCUCUGUUGCAUUUGGUGCAUUUGGUGCUCAUGGACUCCGAAAAAGAAUAUCCGAUCCGCAAAAACUCGCGAAUUGGUCCACCGCAGCACAUUAUCAACUUGUCCAUAGCGGGGUUGUUCUGAUCGCGACUUCUAUAGUUCCAAAGAACAAGUUGGCAUCUGGCCUGUUCAUCGCCGGGAUGACAAUGUUCAGCGGGAGCAUCUACCUUCUUGUUCUUGAUCCCCAGCGAUUCAAGGCUCUGGGACCGGUCACUCCUCUUGGAGGUCUCUGCUUGAUCGCCGGGUGGGUUGCGUUGGGAUUCGCUAGUCGAGGAAGGUUGACCCUCUAA